AUGGCAGAACUUUUUGUGAAUCAGGGAAAAGAAUAUGCAAAUGCAAGGCCAAGUUAUCCACCACAACUCUUUCAAUUUAUAGCUUCAAAAACUCCUUCUCACAACCUUGUUUGGGAUGUCGCCACCGGAAGUGGCCAAGCCGCCAAAUCUUUAGCUGAUUUAUACAAGAAUGUGAUAGCCACUGAUGUUAGUGAAAAACAGCUUGAAUUUGCAACCAAACUCUCUAAUGUGAAAUACCAACACACUCCUUCAACAAUGUCAAUUCCUGAGGUUGAACAAAUUGUAGCACCACAAGGAACCAUAGACCUUGUCACAAUUGCUCAAGGACUUCAUUGGUUCAACCUCCCAAAUUUCUAUGAACAAGUCAAAUUUGUACUCAAAAAGCCUCAUGGAGUGAUUGCUGCUUGGUGUUACUUUUUGCCAAGAAUUAGUGAUGAAGUAGACAUUGUCUUUGAUCAAUUCUAUUACACUGAUUCAAAACCUUAUUGGGAUUCGGCGCGAAAAUUGGUUGAGGACAAUUAUAGAAGCAUUGAUUUUCCUUUUGAGGCGGUGGACGGAGUUGAUCAUACGGGGCCGUUUGAGUUUGAGACGGAGACGUUGAUGAGCUUUGAUGGUUUGUUAACUUAUAUAAGAUCGUGGUCGGCUUAUCAGACAGCAAAGGAAAAGGGAGUUGAGCUUCUAAGGGAAGAUGUGGUUGAAAAAUUUAAGGUUGCUUGGGGUGAAGAUCAUGGCCCUAAAACUGCUAAGUUUCCAAUUUAUCUUAGAAUUGGUAAAGUUGGAAAUGUUUGA